UCUCCAUUCUCGUCCGUAUUAUGUAUCCAUAAAUGUAUGCGUGAUCUGUAAUUGGUUCGAGAGUGGGGCACCAGCCACAUAAAGUCUAUCCCUCCAUUGAGACUUGUGUUUAUAGUGUGUGAACGCAGAGAGGCCGGCAGCAACAAUCUCUACAAAGAUGCAGUCCUUGGCUUGGUUCUUGGUAUUGGCGGGAUGCCUCGCUUUUACUCAAGCUCAUACAUAUCAUAUGGGUGCCUGUCCCAUCGUGGAACCUAUGCAGGGUUUUCAGAUGAACAGAUUCCUAGGCCUGUGGUAUGUCAUCCAAAAAACGUCGACAGGUAGCAAGUGUAUCACUUAUAACUAUACACGAGGAGAAGAACCGGGCGAGUACGUGAUAACGCAAGAUUCCGAUCAUCUGAUCCUAGGUCUUACACCAUUAAAGCAUGAAUAUCACUAUACUGGUGAGCUGACUGUACCGGAACCCAGUACACCAGGACGUAUGGAAGUCCGUUUUCCUCUUAAUGUAGCUGGAAGCGCUUCCCACGUGGUGUUCAUGACCGACUACGACACUUACGCCGGCAUAUUCACGUGCCAGAAGUUGGCGUUCGCCCAUCGACAGAGCGCCACGAUCCUCUCGAGGACUCGGAUGCUGGAUCAGCCGCAGGUGGAAAAGAUACGCCAGCGACUGAGCCAGUUUGGCGUUGAUCCGUUUGAUCUGAGCAUCAUCUCGCAAUCCGGCUGUCCACAUGGUAACAAUACUGUGGAUAUCAAUAUCGACCCCAACACUUUCACCUCCGAAAACUUGGGCAACGUGGUGCGCAAAGCGGGGGAGAAGAUCGGUGACGGUGUCCAGUGGGUCUCCCAAACCGGAAGCCAGGUUUAUCACAAGUUGACCGGAACGGAAGAGGAUCACGCAACUUCGUCGACAACAGAGCGGAACGGCCGCGUAACGACCAACAUCAGGAACGAUGGAAGAUUGGAGACCAAUGACGUAGAGUGGAUUCCCUAAAAAUUUUACAAUCCGUUAUUUUUUAUUGCGCGUUAAUCACGACCUUUAUAUGAUUAAACGUCCAUAUAUUACUCAUUCUAUAGAUCUAUCGAGAUUUUCUUUCUGACGUUUAUUUGACUUUCUAUUAUUUUAUUUAGAAAUACAGAUUUCAAAUAAAAAUAAAAUUAUAUGAUAAAAAAAGGUAUCCAUACGGCACUAAUUGACUCGAUUAAUAUAUGAUAUGUGAUUAUGCAUCAUACAUCAUGAAUACACAUGUUUUGAAUGUUGUUUAAUUGGUAUUUAAUAAAACUAAAGAAAGCACAAUGUACAUGUA